CCGCCUGGGCGUCGGGGUGGCGGUGGUGCUGCGGGCCGCCGCCUGCUGCCUCGCUCCGGCCUGCGCCGCGUCGCUUCCCGCACAGCAAAAUGUCUGGAACUGAUGAUUUUUCGUUGGCAGAUGCUUUACCAGAUCAGUCACCUGCUAAAACCUCCAAAGUGAGCAGCAGCAAGCCCGGCCCGCAGCCCGGCCAGGCGCCACAGGCCUGGCCCACCUCCAGCCCCUGGAACAGCGCCGGCGCUCCCCCCGCCGGGCCGCCCAGCACCUCGGCCUCCAGCGUGCCCUUUGGGCCUCCUCCCGCCGCCAUGUAUCCUUCAAUGCCCCCCGGACCGCCUGCUCCAUUUCCUCCUCCUCCUACCGGACCCUCUUGCCCUCCUCCCGGUGGCCCGUAUCCACCCCCAGCUGUGCCGGGUCCCGUCCCGCCAGGCCAGUAUCCUCCACCAAAUAUGCCCUUUCCAGAGCUUCCAAGACCUUACGGUGGUCCGACAGAGCCGGCUGCGCCUCCUGCUCCCGUUGGGCCGUGGGGAUCCAUGCCCUCUGGAGCAUGGGGACCGACAAUAGGAGGGCAGUAUCCUGCACCUAGCAUGCCAUAUCCACCCCCGGGGCCAUAUUCUGCUCCUACCCAGACUCCAGGGGCUGCGCCGACAGUACCAUGGGGUACGGUCCCGCCUGGAACGUGGGGACCUUCACCGCCCGGCCCGUUUCCUCCACCCACAGGAUCCUAUCCAGCUCCGGGACUAUAUCCUACGCCCCCUAAUCCUUUUCAAGUGCCAUCUGGUCCUGCUGGUGCUCCGUCAAUGCCUGGUGGUCCCCAUCCUUACCGUUGAAUACAUUCUGGGCAACAAAAUACUGUAGCUUUCCACCUUCAUCCACUACUUACAGAGAUUUUUACAGUUUUUGUUUCAGUAAUGGUCAGGGCUAUGAAGAAUACUUGCCUCUUGUAUGCACAGUCGAGGUAUGAAGGAGCAGUUUGCAUAAACCGACCUUGCUCGUCUACUGGUGUGAAUUGUUUGGUUUUAACAAAGUGAAUGACAAGGAGCAGAAAUAAAACUUAACAUCUGUGGUUCUCAUGCUGGGAAGCGUUCCUUGGGAAAAAAAUGCAAGUUGCCAAGUACAGAUCAUAAAUAAUCCUGAAGUUUCCAUGAGUUUGAAGUCUCGUUGCCAGCCCUAUGCUGGUCACCGAAGGGAUGGAGAGUCACCUUUCCUCUUUUUUUCGGGUUAUUCUAAAAUGUCAAUAAAAAGUGUUUCAAGAUAAAUUUUCUUUUUGAUCAAGAAAUGAGAUUUCUGAACAUGCUACAGUAAUAUUCAAACUAAAGAGACAAGAGUGGGUGAACUUGAAGGUUUUCUCAGCAUUUUGUACAUACUCAAAACCCAAUUGCUCGAUCUGGGACUACGGAAGAGGAGAGAGAGAGAGAGGUGUUUGAAACGCUCGGGCUGACCUGUCGGCACACUGCUGGUGUUCACAAACAGGCAUUUGUGUGCAAGUGAAAUAACCUGGAUGUGCAGUUAACUUUGAAUCAAACCAAUGUGAGUUUUUAAUGCAUGCAAAUGAGGACAUCGUUUUGCCAGUUCUCAUUCUGUGGUGGUUGGAAGUUUGGCUUGGUCUGUGUAAAGAGAAACUGAUUCCCACUUAGGUAAGGUACUUCCCUAUUUCUAACCUGGUUUCUAGUCGUUUAAAAUUUGACUUUGCUGCUGCUUUGUGUAAACUCAGCAGACUUUUUUUUCCAGAGUCCCUGAAAACUGAACUUGAGCUUAAAAGAUCAAACAAAAAAACCAACCCCAACUUGAUGAUUUCCUUCCUGGCAGUUUUUGACAUGGCCUUUAGUUCUGUCAGCUACAAAGCUCCUUCGUGCCACGGCUGAGAAUGAGGAGGUGUCGUCAGGGCUCUGCUGAAUGUUGUACCAGGGAGAAGUCCUCUGUCCUCAGCUGGGUGUCUGCUUACCUCACUGAGCAAGUGUCCCUUGAGAGUCACUGAAUGUCUAGAGGCCUGUGUGCUGCUGUGUAGCUGUCCCCCCUCUGAAGAGGCACUCACUGCCUUUCAGAUUCUUGUCGUGUGUGUGCAGAGAGCGUGCCAGGGGGUUGUGGCAAUGCUAGUUUAGCACCACCAAGACACACAGCCACGUGUUGGUGAGGAGUUCUGGCACUCUUUGUGGUACUUCAUAGCCCAGGCUUGGAUUUGGACAGUUGUUUUCAUCCCCAGCUGGGAUAUCCUAACUUAGCCUCUGUAGGUAGAACUAGGAACAAAUUUUGCUUAACAUGGUAGCUCAUUAGGGAGUCUUUUUUAUUGUAUCCUGGAACUGUGAAAGCGAGUUCAUUCCCUUUCAGUACCUUCUUGUGGCUUCCUGCAUGCAUGUGAUGGACUUCUUAAAAACAAAGGGGGUGACCUGGUGGUGAUGCUUGUUAGUAGUCUUAGUCUUUGUGGCAAAGCCCUGCAGUGUUCUUGCAGAAGCAAGCAGUCAGUUUAAGCUGUGGCUGUUUAAUGUCACGAGAGCUAAUAGCGAGGUUAUGUGUAUGUUUCUGUUUCUUUUAGGAAGACAAUACUGGAGCUGAACAAAAGUACUUUAACAUUUCGGCUUAACCUAACCUCUCUAACCCUAGAAAUAAGAUCCCAACGUGCAAGUCUUCACUAACCUUAACCAAGCCCUGGUUGCCUCCUUCCCCUAAACAGAGUUGGCUUAGGGCUUGGCAAGACUAACUAAAAGUUAACCUAAGAGAACACUGACGGCGUUUGCUCAAGUGCUUUUUUGAUACCCGCAGCCUUAGACUAUGAAUCAAUGUAACAAACCCCCACUUAUUCCAAAUGAAUGGCUCACGCAGCAGCUGGACAUGGCCCUGGCCAGAUGUCUGUAGGGAAUGGGAAGAGGCAGGACAGGAGAAAGCAGAAGUAGCAACUAAUGAUUUCUCUGGGCUUUUUUUUCUGUUUGGAAAGGGGAUUUGUAAAAGCAACUAGACUUCUAGGAUCUUCCUGACAUAGGCAGGAUUUGUUACUGGAACAUUUAGGCUAAAAUUCAGUAUCUAUGGGAUGUUUUUCAAUGUAUAUUCGUAUUUCUUGAGGUCAUGAGAACUUGUUUCAUAACCCCUUUGUUUUUGUGAGCAGAGUUCUUUGCAUAGCAGUGAAAAGGAUAUAUACCUGUUAAUCUAUUGUGUAAAGAAAAAGAAUCAAGUUGUCACUAUAUACCGUGUAGUAACUUUAUCACAUGUUCUGUCAAGUGUGAGCAACUUCUGGCCUGAAGCUUUUGCAAUGGAAUUUGUACAUUUCUAUGCAUCGUUUGAGUUCAAUUGCUGAGAAGUUCGUUUUGACUUGUGCUUUUGAGAUCGCCAUAACCGCGUUUGUUUACAAUAUGAACUACAAGCAAUCACGUCUUUAAAAGUAUAGAUGAUCACCUGCUGCUGUAUUUUCUUUAGAUGAAACAAAUAUUGCUGUAUGAUAGUGAGAAGCUAUAAAUACAGGAUUUGAUAUUUUUUUGAAGAUGCUGUCACUUUUGUAUAAGAUUAGACAUUAAACGUAUUUUCAAGAC